UGUACAUGCGCACCCGACCCUCUACUGAAAACUUCUGUUUUGUUUCGCCAAUUUAAGCGGUAGCUUUCGAAAGAGAAAACCAUUAUUUAUUCAAGAACUUUACGCUGUAUUUAUGUAAUUGUAAUAUCAUCUUCGUCUGUAGCCUUUUGGUAGUGUGAUUAGCAAUAUUUGCUUGUUGUAUUAUUGGUUUUGGUUCAUGGAAACGCUUGGCGCCUUAACAUGUUUUCGAUAUAUGUCUGUUCAUUGCUGCUAACUAAUUAAAGUAGGUAGCACAUAGCUAGGUUAUACUUAACUAACUAUUUACCUGGUUUACAACAUAAUGUGUACGUAUCGAUAAUUGUCAUCUUGUGCACUUUUUCGGCUAGCAGCAAAACUUAUUGAUUUGUAUCGAGAUAGAUGCCUUAUCAUUUUAUUACAUAAUUUUGCGAUCGAGAGUCGGAAUGGAAACACCAAAUGCAUUAAAAUCAAAACCUGUUAACUGUACACCGAAAAGUUCGGUUAAUGCCGGGGCAAGUGGAUAUAAAACACCCAAGCCCAUGAGCGCUUCAUUGAGGGACAGACUGAAAAAGUCACGACGCUCGUUUAAUGCUAGUUUAUCGGUGGCGAAAAGACUGAAAGUCGACCCGGAGGAAGAUAAUAGGACAGAUUCAGCCGGAGUAAAAGAGACUGAGAAUGCCGACAUGUCAAACAACGAGUUGUGUGAGAGAGAUCACCAGACUGACAUAACUGGAAACCAGACUGGGAAACCUGCGACCCGUGAAGGAGCCCCGGUCUCGGAGGUGCCAGGUGAUGGCAGGGAGCCUGAGCAAUCUGACCUGCUGCAGCUGCGUGACACACUGAGAAGAGAAGUCAGGGAAAAGACAGAAACACUGCGGAGACUGAAGAUGGCCAAAAUGUACAGGAGAAAGAAUGACCUGACACAGGUUACAGGGCUCAUCCACAAGUGGAGGCAUUGCUGCCAGGCUGUACUCUAUGAGCUCCAGGCGGCACUACCCGUCAAUGGGCAGAAGGCCAGCCUCAGCCAGCUGCUGGACCACCUGGGACUGGAGGACCAUGUGCUGCACUUUGAUCGCUCAGAGGACGACUUCAGAGACUGAGUAGCUUUCAGCGUGUCCCCUCGUCUGCCACUUUUGGUGUCCUCUAAGUUCCUCUAAUAAAGUUCAAUGCAUUUUCUCUA